GGACUUUGGUCGUGCACCUAACAUCACGAUGGAUGACUAUCCCAUGUAUGGGCUACUUGUGGGGUUCUCCCUGUGGGGAACCCUAUGGCGCCUCCUUUUUCCUCUGGGCUUCUGGCCCACUGUURCGUGUAGAGUAGGACCCACUCGUAGUGGUACGUCCACCACACCAUACACAAAGGAGGAGGAGGAGAAGAUGGCCGCCCUACUGCAAGAGAGGAAGGAGAAGAAGGAGGCCAAAAAGAAGGCCUUAAAGGAGGAGCAGGCGGCCAAACUGAAGAAGAUCGAAGAGGAGAUGGCCAGGGAGAAGGAGAGGCUAAUAAAAGAAGAGGAAGAGAAGUUGAAAAAGGUAGAAGAGGAAGAGGAAGACCCGCCAGUGCAGAAGAGUAGUGGACAGCAWAGCGGCAGUCCUGGUGGGGAGYUGGAAAAAAGGAUAUCCGAAUGGGUGGCUAAUCUGAUUGUGGGAGAGGAAGAAGAAGUUAGCAUGUAUAUUCCGCAGGAUCAGCAAGAAGCCGCCAUGAGGGCUUGGGAUGCAGAGAAAGACCCCCUUAGACGCCAGGCGUUGGAAGAUGAGAAGAGGAUGGAGUGGAAGUUAGCGGUGAUGAGGGAGAAAAAGAGGAGAGUUGACAAGGCAGCAGAGGCGGCGGAAGCACUAGAGGAAGUGAAAACGAUAGAACAACAAUUAGCCGCCCAACCCGAUUUCCCGAAUCAGAUGCGAGUCGUGGCUCGCAGCAUCGCGUGCCUGGCACGAGUCCAGGCAGAUCAGUAUGACUUCAGCAGGAGUCGAGAUAUAGCUGUGCGCUCGAUACGAUUGGGUUUACGGGACUUUGCGCGGGAACUGGUAGGUGCCGUUGGAGUCGAGGUGGGACAUCGCCUUGAUAAGACUGAACGAUUCUGCGCUGGCGCCAUUGAGGGCGUCAAAGCGACAGCUCCUAGAGAAGAGGAGCCGCGCCCACCACGUAGAGAACCAAUCAAAGUUAAGUUCUCGGAUUCCUAUGCUGGGAAGAGGGAAGGGAACUUUGAUAACUGGGAAGCCAACGUGAAGACCUACGUGCAUUUGCAACAGGUCUCYUCGGAUCAGCAAGUCUUAAUUGCGAUCCAUGCGCUGAAAGAUGAAGCUGCCAGUUUCGCAAGGUCCUUAGUUCGCGCUGCCRACUGCAGCGACGAUCCUGUCGCGUACUCCUCAUUCACUUCUCUCACCGAAUUUCUGAGAUUACUGCGCGAGCGAUUUGCUGACGUCGCUCGCAGUGUAAAAGCUUCAAAUAAACUGCAAACCAUCCAUACUCGCAAGUGGAAAAGUGCCAGGGCGCUCAAGGGUACAAUGGACGAGUUAGUGGCCGUCCCUGAUCACAAAGUCACAGAGACCCAAUUAGUUAACCUCUUCUAUCGAGCUAUGCCCGAAGCUUUGCGAGGGCACUUCUUCGCGAAGAGCGAAGACCCUACCACGACAUACGAUUCUCUGAGUCGUGAAGUAGUGGCCUUUGAAGCCAAGUCUGCGUCUGUGUCUACCUUCUGGCACAGAGAUCUGGAUAGAGGGAAGCCAUGGAAGGGCCGCACUAUCUCGGGGCAAGUAAAGACUAAGGAUAGCCUCGGUGAUCCGGAGUCGAGUUGAGUCGAACGUAUAAGUGUGGGCGCCCAGCGCCAUGGUCAACUGAAGUGAACUUGGAAUUGAGUUGAGUUGCAAGCUACCAUAU